CAGCCUGCUGCCUGCCGGCCACUGAGUCCCGCUGGGCGCCCAGAGAAUGCAGCAGCAGCCCCCUCCUGUCCCUGCCUCGGCCUCCCUCCCCGACCCCUUGGCCAUGCUGGACCCCGCAGGACAUUUCGCAAAAAGAAAGAAAACAUCUCUUUGGUUUACCAUCUCUCUGUUGGUGGUGUCUGUUUUCAUAUUGACCAUAGGCCUGGCAGCUACCACAAGAACAGAAAAUGUAAGCGUGGGUGGCUACUACCCAGGAAUAAUUCUUGGCUUCGGGUCAUUCCUAGGAAUUAUUGGUAUUCAUCUGGUAGAGAAUCGGAAGCAAAUGCUGAUAGCAUCCAUCGUGUUUAUCAGCUUUGGAGUGGUGGCAGCUUUCUGUUGUGCAAUUGUUGAUGGUGUAUUUGCAGCACGGCACAUAGAGCCUAGGCCCUUAUAUAAUAAAAGAUGCCAGUAUUACUCAAGUGGAGUAGGAUUCUUAUAUGAUGCCUACCAAACAGAGGUGACAUGUUACACCUUAAACAGCAAGUGUCAGUUGAAAGUGAAAAGUAACACAUGCUACUGCUGUGACUUGUACAAUUGUGAAAACUCAGAACAUUCAACCAGCUACUAUGAGUUCCUUGGUGUGAACAGCUGUCAAGAUGUGGUUCACUUGUAUCGUCUGCUUUGGUCUUCUACUGUCUUGAACAUCAUUGGAUUGUUUCUUGGCAUAGUCACAGCAGCCAUGCUUGGGGCAUUUAAAGAUGUGGUACCUGUUUCCCAUGUUGCCUUCAACUCUGCUCCUCCACAGAUUCUUUACAAUCCAGCUCAGCAGAUUUUGACAUAUGCUGGAUUUUGUCCUACUGCAACAGCUGUUCCUCAUUAUUCCUCCUAUCAUUUACCCCUUCAGCCUGCCAGCAAUUUCCCAACAUCAUCUUCUACUGAUAUAUCCUUAUCCGACGACACCCAGCCUCCAUCGCAAACAAGCUCUUCCUACGGCCUUCCUCCCAAUGCCCCUCCAUUGUACACACCUGCCUAUUUCCUGUCAGGUGAAAAACCUCCACCAUACAUUCCAUAGCCAUGAGAUUGUCAACAGAUAAUAGGAUUCAAAGGAAAAAGACCCCUGGUAAAAUGUAUGUGCUUACCAGGCGAGCUGAUUUUAAAAAUACCUUUCUCUCUCUUUUUUGGCAUGGUAUCUCUCUUCUUUAAUUCACAAUGAAUAAAAGGAAAAUGGCUGGAAAAUGGGGAGGCGUAUCUGCUAGUAGAGUCAGUCAAAUAUUGCAUGGCAUCAAUUUCCAUCUCAGCUGCCAUGCUCUCAGACCACAAUUUCAGCACCUGCAGAGCAAAAAAAAAUUUUCCAGCAGUACUCAGAUCUAGAGAAAUCCAGAUGCUAGUAAGGUAAUGGCUGCAUUCAGAUGUAACAAUAAAUUAUGCUCUAUCAGUACUGAGAAUAUUGCACAUUUCCUUGUCACUUUUCCUCUGACAGUUCACUGAACAAAAUUUUGAAGCUGUCUUGAUUCAAGGAAAAAUGAGGAACUUCUUUCAACCCAAGGGCUGGGUUGUAUUCUAGAGGAGCUGCAUUCCAGUAGCGGGCAGAGCCAAAGGCAAAACUGAAAAUACCAGCAAUAUUGAAGCUGAAAGCAUUUACUGCCAAUAAUCAAGCAUUUCAGCCAUUCAAAAUGGGGUGUGGAAAGAGGCAAUGCUCAAAGGAUGCUAGGAAAUCAUCCAACAAAGCAGUCAUGAAGAAGGGGUUGCUGCCAUCAGAGGAAGCCCACAGAACCAAUUAGGGUCAUAGGAUGGCAGUUCUUGGGUUUGCGGUUCCUCAUCUUUGUAGUAAACCAUAUUUAAAAGUAACCUCACUGUGUAUGUAAUCAGACAUAAUGCUAAGCUGACCUUAACAAAUAAAAGAAGUGCAACUUUCCAGUCUCUUUCUUGCAACAAUGCUGGGGUGGGCAUUAGAGAAAACAUGUAUAACUGCUCACCUAAAGUUUGUAAUGAGUAAGUAGGAGUGGACAAUUUUGGCAGGUGUAGGGCCCAUCUUCACCCCAUGCUCUAGAUUUUGUAAUGGGCUACACACAUCUUGCUGUACUGCCAAUUUUUUCCCCAUUUACAGUUGCAAAAAAGAAAGAAAGAAAAAGAAACAAACUUCAGUGCUGCAACAAGGCCUUGAUUCCUUGUGCACCAUAUUUUAACAAUAAAUAUUUUGUGAUUUUUUUUUUUAGGUUUCGUAUCACUAUAUCACAACAUUUUAGCAGUGGGGUCUCUAGGGGCCAUGACUGGAAUUUUGCCCAUCCACUCCUGUAAUGAAUAAGUUUUCUGUUACGUCCAAAUGCAUCUAUUGCCUGUGACCAUUGGCUUGUGGCAAACACUAUACACAUUAGCAUCUGUCUGAUAGGAAGGCCAGGAAUGUCCAUUUCCAUCAAGAAAGACUAGCAAUGCCAAUGUACAAUCCUCCCUCUGUUCUUGUGGACUUGGGAUUAUCUGCAGGGGGACGAAUGGAGGGAGUUAAAAUGGGCUGCAUGCCCCCGUGGGAGCGCAUCUCCAUUCAAACCAAUAGGGCUCAAAUAUGCACGUUUUUUCAUUUUCGUGGGGUGUGUGUCUGUGUGUGGUCCGGAAUGGAUCCUCCAUGAAAAAGGAGGAGUGACUGUACAUCUGAACUUCAUAUUCUGUUCACUGGCUGGUAACAAAAGCCACUUCAUCUAGAAUCAGAAUGCAAAAAAUUCUUAAUUUCAUUUUCUUAUACAUAAUGGGUAGUUGGGUAUUUCUCCUCUUGUUUAGAACCUAAUUUGUGAUGUACAAAUAACCAGCUACCUUAGGCUGUUGCCACACUGCAGAAUUAAUGCAGUUUGACACUACUUUAACUGCCAUGACUCCAUCCUAUGGAAUCCUAGGAUUGAUAGUUUGUU